AUGGCCGACCAGCUCACCCAGAUACCCGCCUUGGUUACACCUACACUUCAGCGUCACAACAAGAGACGCCGCUCGACAUCGACUGCGCCAGAGCAAGCUGUUUUCCUUCCUGGCGCCGGCCCAUCAAACGAUGAGAACGAUCCGACAACCACUCCACACGGACAGCGCCACCCCGACGACACCACUAUACAUAAGCGCACGAGGAAAGCCCAUGGGUCCAAGCGCCGACGUAUCGCUGGCGACUUCAAUCCCGUCCACGGCCCUGGUUCCCCCCCUUCAUCCGACCUGAAGGAGAUGCGAUCACAGAUUGCGCCCACUGCAAACCCAUCAAGCAUUGAUCCCGUCUCAGGCGGAGAUCAUCCCCACAAAGACAUCACCGCCCUCCCUGUCGACUAUAUACCAUCUCAACCCAAGUCCAUUACCAAUACUAUAAAGCAGACAUUAGGUCGAGACAGCAAGAAGAAGUUCAAAGUCUGGGAAGACGAGCCGCAGCCGUCUAAGCCCAAAGACCCGACACCAGCCGCCGCAAAGUUGCUGCAAGAUGUCACCAAUACCGGAGCUCAACGCAGGUGUCGCCGCAUAGAGGGGCAUACGCCGCGAUUCCGUGCGCAAGAGGCAGAUUACUAUUAUCACCCCAACCUCAAGGACUUCCACUUUCCACAGGGCGUUGUCGCAACCACUGAGGCGGCUGUCGAAGAAGCGGCUCAGAGUGAGCUUGACGCGCUCACUGCCCGAGCGACACAGAGUAUCAAAGAUGCUCAGCCAGAGGUCACACAACCAUUGAAGCGGAAAGCCGAUGACGAUCUUCGAGAGCGUGGUGCAGAGAAGCUGAGGAAGCUCAAUGAUCAACAGCCUUUGCCUUGGAUAGUCCAUGGCAAGAUCCGACAUGAUCCAGCUCAAGACUUUGAGACUGAGUACUUCACCAUAUCCACCCCGUCGCUACCCUCAGAGCCCGUGGAAGAUGUGGUCAACACGGCAGAACCGGAUCAAUCCCAGCAAGAGACAGAUGCAGCGCUCGAGGCAGUUGAAGUUCAACAACUACCAACACCCAUCUCCGAGCCCGUAUCUAACGAGGUGUUGUUGCCUCCUAUAUACUACAAACUGAACCCAUCUAGCAUAGUCCAUGUACCGGGGAACGAUGAGCCAGCCCUGGAUAAACUAGAGUCAGGAUCUCUAGAUUUGGAUGCUAUCUUAAUGGGAAUGACACAAGAUUACACCUUCCCCACCAUCGAGGAAGAUGUUUCAAAAGAAUUCGGUACCUACAAACCACCGGCACCACAAGACGAUGACAUCCCCGCUGGCAAGAAAGCUGUAUUCGAUGGAUUUGGUACUUACCAACCGCCUCCACAAAUCGUUCCUGCUGCAUCUACUGCGGUCGAGAAAGACGCAUUUAAAGGGUUCGGUACAUACAAAUCACCGCCACCGGAAGAAAAUGAAUUCCCCGUCGUCAACAAAGAUGCAUUCGAGGGAUUUGGUGUUUGCCAACCACCGCCACAAACCGUUGCUGCUGCACCUCAGCCCGCUCCAAAGAUUGUGACCACAGUUCCCUAUCUGAUAGACAGGAACAAUCACGCCAUCAUCAAGACGGGCGUAGCUUACAGCGAAGACUAUGACCCAGGAAACCCACAGAACUUCAAGCACUACCUCGCUCAGUUCACCGAUCGACCUGCGGUUCCGCGACCACGAGCGCGCGAGUAUCGUCCAAUGCCAGAGAUAUUGGAAGUCGAGACGCUGAACCAGCGAUUAGACUGGGUAGUCCCGAAUGGAGCAGAAGCUCCCCAACUUUUCCGCGACAUGCCAGCACCACCACCUCACAUCGACUCAGAGUUAGCUCGUUGUGUUCGCUUCGCCCAGUCAGACGCGCAAAGACGCGUUAACUGGCGAGCGCAUCCUACUCAUGUCGCAGAAAUCAUCCAGCGUACCAACUUCUACGGGAUUGAGUUGCUGGUCAGUCGGAGCGAAAUGCGCAUCUCAUCUCCUCCGACAGUAGACGAGUUCGAGCUAGCCAUGGCGACUCGGCUGGCGCAUGUAUCCUUCGGCAUGGACACGAAGGACUACAUUGCGGCCGAUGUGCCAGCUAUCAUAGAGUACUUCAGCGAGAAUCUUCCGUCGGCGAUAAGCGUUUUCCCAACAGAAGAGGAAGAUUGCUUUCGUGCCUUCACGGACUAUUAUCGCGUGAUGUUCGAGGAGAACUAUCCACCACUGAAUGCACUCGGCUUGCCAGAAUGGCAGGUCCUACUGGAUGCGGAGGAGGGCACACCCUCUCUCAAAGCACAAACCCUGCAAGGCAUCGUCCAGUCCAUCAAAGGGCUGGCUCAUCAACGCCCCGGCGAUGCAGACGGGACAGAUAUCCCAAAAGAUCAAGUUCCUCACGAGAGCCCUGAUACGAGAAACGAGAACCUCGGCAACGCUCGUCGGGAACUUGGCCAGACCCUUGACGUGGGUAGGGACAGCUUCGACGCAGACCUACAGCGGCCCGAUCAGCUGACCAACGCCUCUUUUCCAAGCUUAGCUCAGAGCGAGCCAUCGCAGCAUUACGAUGCAAAUCCAGCUUUGUACUGGAACAAUACGGAAGUCCCAGGAGGAUCUAUCCAUCCUUUUGUACCCGAAGCAAAUGCAAGGGUCGAAGAUGUGCACGGCGAUUACUACGGCCCAGAGGACUGGUUUCGCACAAAUCCGAAUGCGCUAAUGCCAUGGGAUUCUGGGUUGGAUGCCAUACCAUCAGGCUUCAGCGCAGCUCCAUUAAACUAUGGCGCUAUGGAGCAUUACUUCAAUCCGUCGACAUUAGACGCUUUCAACGACGCUGAGCCGGAAACACUGUUGUAA